AUGGCGUUCAAAUUCGUGCUCCUCGUGCUGCCAGCGCUCGUUUUCGCGAAAAUAGACAUCGAACUAUCUGGAACGUUCGAGAGAAACCUCAACAUAGCCUUCUCCGGCCAAGAGGUAGACGUCAUCAGCGAUACGGAGAGGGAAACCUUCCAGUUCACCGACGGUAACUUGAAGAGAGGCGCCGAAUUAUACUUUGGACAGCGGCCAGACGACAUUUACGUCAAGAGCCCCACACCCUGGGGCGAUUUAUACCGGUCUUACGGCUGGAAGCAGGUGUCCAGAACUCUGGUGCCCAAACGAGGCCGCGUGUUGUCCAUGACAACACAACCCCAGAUAGUGAUGCAGCAGAUUUUCGAGAAUAACAGCACGAAGCCCGCCUCUUUCAACGUGGGCAUCUCGCAAUCCGUCCAGAACACGAUGAGCUCAUCUUGGAGCAAAUCUGGCGAUCUGACUAUCGGUCAAGAGAUCAGCUAUGAUUUCGACAUAGAUUUCGUGAAUGUGGGUGGAAAAACAUCGUUGGAAUUCUCUUCGUCUUGGGGUGCGAACUCUGAGAAGUCGCAGACCGUUACCGUUGGUUCUGAAUCGCAUAUGGAGCUGAUGCUUACACCUGGACAGUCUGUUCUGGCAGAACUCCACGCUACACGGGGUACUUUGAAGGUGGAAGUGGAAUAUGAGGCCAGUCUAAGCGGCUCCCUCGCUGUGAACUAUGACAAUCUGUAUAGAGACCAUCACUUCUGGGCGCUGGAUGUCAGAACUGUUAUGGCUAAAGCCGGUCUAACCAACAAUUUGAUCUCGAAGCAAAUCAUGGAGAUCGGCUUCUUCACAAAUUCGAAGGUCGUUGUAUAUGAUAGGAAGUUAAACACAAAGAUAAUGGAUGUUGUUGUUUAA